UAAUUGUGAAUGAUGAAAUGAUGCCUUUGGCACCACAGCUAUCCGUACCACAUUUGAGACAAUUAUCAUCAACAUCACCAAAAAUUCGUAGCAGUAAUCAUUUAAAUAAUAACAAUCAAACAACAAAAACAACAAAAAUGAUGAAAGCUUCGAAACCGAAGCUUUCAUUUAGCAUCGAUGCUAUUGUUGGUAAAAGGAAAACAUUGGAUAAUCAUUCAUCAGCAGCUAUAACAGCUAUUACAACACAAGAUGAUGAAUCAUCGAAUGAUACUAUUAAUAAUGAUACAUCAUCAUCAACAAUGUCCGAUCUAUUAACAUCAUCAUCAGCGUUUGAAAAAAAAUCUUUAAAACGUCGUUUAAGUGAAACAUUUUCUACCGCUGCAGCAGCUAAUGACGAUAUGAAUAAUGACCGUCAUUCGAUUAGCCCAAAUUCAAUUGGCCAAGAUCAUCAACAUCGACGAUUUUCACCAAACAAUAUUGCCGGUGGACGGCAAUCAAUUUCACCACCAUUAUCCAAUGGUACAUCGACAACAAUGCCACAUGAUAUUGGAUCGCCUGGUAGAAGUCUUUCACCAUUAUCAUUAGUAACUAAUCAUAAUCAAUCAUUGAUUACAAAUACUCAACAAUCAGCAAACUCAUUGACGAAUAUGGCGCAAUUUUUAGCCGCUGCACAUAAUAAUCGUCAAUCAUUGUUGACGGGAUCCACGACUGGAUUAAUAAUACCAUCCGUAUCAACACCACCGCCAUCAUCAACUACACCUAGCCAUCAUUCAUCAUCAUCAGCAAUGUCACCUGGGCGUUCAUCAUUACCUGUUUCAUCCGCCGCAUCAACAACAUCAUCAUCAUCAUCAACAACUACUAUGACCACACAACAGCCACAAAUAUCAACAAUUGGACAUCCAAAUCACCCGAUGAUGGUAGCAGCGGCUGCAGCCGCUGCUGCAGCUGCCCAUUCACAACUUCCUUCAUCGGCAACAGGAGCAACGACAGCAUCAUCACCUCAAACAGCAUUACCAUCCGAUUAUCAACAUGCAGCAGCAUUCUAUCCAUGGUUUCUUCGUGCGAAUCCAUUUGCUGGCCGUUUUCCUGGAAUGCCAUUCGAUACACCAUUAGGAUCAUUUUUGCUACCUCCAUUUCGAAAACCAAAACGUAUUCGUACAGCAUUUAGCCCCGGACAAUUAUUGAAAUUAGAACAGGCAUUUGAAAAGAAUCAUUAUGUUGUCGGUAAUGAACGUAAACAAUUAGCUAAUCAUCUUGGUCUCAGUGAAACACAAGUAAAAGUUUGGUUUCAAAAUCGUCGUACAAAACAUAAACGCCAAAAACAAGAGGAUGAAGAAUCAGGGUCAAACGGUGGUAAUGGCGGUGGAAAUACCAAUGGUGAUAAUAAAAACGGUUCAAUGCAGAGAGAUUUUAGUACCGAUGAUGAAGAAGAAAUUGAUCUUGAAGAUGAAGAAUGUGGUAGUGGUGAUGAUCAAGAUGAUGGACAUAUUAAUCAAAAUCAUCAUCUUCAUCAUCAUGGUUCAAAUUCACAUCAUCAUCAUUUACAUAAUGUUAGCGGAUCAGCAGCGGCAGCUGCAGCUGCUGCCGCAGCAGCAGCCGCACAACAACAUGCAUUGAAAUUUGCCAAUAUGCAUCAUCUUUGGUACCAAUCAGCUAUGGGUUUAAUGGCAGCAGGUGGUGCUAAUGGACAGGAUAAUGCUGGUCAUCAUCCACCAGUUACAUCUUCUGGUUCAAAUUGAAUAUAAAUUCAAAAUGUAAAUAAAAAUCAAAUCAUUGAUUUCAUUCAAUUCACAUGAUCUUAUCUAAAUUUAGAGAAACAAUAAAUCAAUCAAAUUUUAUGAAAAAAAAACUGUUCUUUAUUACAAAAAUUC